CCCAAGCGAGCAACAUCUGAAGGCCCUUAUGCACGAAAGGAUGUUGUAGAAGCAAGAAGGUUCCCUGCUGACAGCAGAAAAGAUGCUCCUCUCUCGAAGCGUGUACAAGAUGACACUCAAGCUACUCCAUUAUAUGAUGAUGAUGAUACCAACCAGGAAGCCAGAGAAACUGCAUCUGCACCAAGGCAAACAAGGGCUCAAGAUCCAUAUGAUACCUCUGAAGGAAUAGGAACUGACCACUUUUCAUCAUCUAGACCACAUCCUGUCAAUGCUCCACAUGAUGCUGUUCCUCCACCCAAGCAAGCAGCAUCUGAAGGCUCUCAACGUGCAACCACACCAUACCUAGCUGCUCAAGAGGUCUUCCAGCAGGGUAGGAAAAGUCCUGCAUCAAGGCCAAUAGUGCCUCAUGAUGCCCAAGGCAGCACUGAAGAAGAAGAGACUGUGGAAUCAUCAUCCAAAGCACAUCCAUUGGAUUCUCAUCUGGCUGAUGUUCGUCCACCUAACCAAUUUUCGGAUGAAGAUGGUUAUGGUGCAAUGGCACCAUUGCAAACAGGAGAUACAGAUGGUCCAUAUAAUGAGAAGCGAGAUAGAGGCGCUGCUGCUCCAAAGCGGAUGAUGUCUCCAGAUGCCUUUGAAGAAACGAAGAUGACUGAUUCUGCAUCAUUUGAAGCACAAACACCAGAUCAUCGGCAAGCUGAUGCUCCUCCACAAAAGCAACGGCCAACUGAAGAUCCUCAAACUAUUGCUUCACCAUCCAAGAAAAGAUAUUCUGAUGAUGAAGAUACGGCCAAACAAGCUAAGCAUGCUCAUCAGAAACUGCAGUCUGAGCAGUGGCAUGCUGCUACAACUGGUUUGAGUAACCUAAAGGGAGAAACUGAUGAUUUUAUGCCUCCUACUCAACAAGAAAAACCUAGCAAAGAUGUGCAACAUAUCUCAUCACGAGAUGCAGAACAAGCAAACACUCGGCCUCUUGCACAAGAACCAGUAGGCAUGGAUGGACAACUGGUGCAAGGACCAGAAAGGAUAGCUCGAACAUCCCCAACAAGAUAUCCAAGAGCUGAAGAAACCAGCAAACAACCUAGAGCCCCUGCUUCUAUACCAACACAUAUAGCAGCUCAAGAUGCUAGGGAUGUCUUUAGAGAGUCAAAGGUUGCUGAUUCCACACCAUUGCAAAAGCGAUACCCUGAUGCCAAAGAUGUUGCCAAGAAAUCAAAAGUUACCUUUGAAGAAACAAAACAUUCUGAUUCUGCACCAUCACGAGGGCAACCUUUGGAUUCUCAGAGAGCUGAUGCUCCAUCAUGGAAGAAAGAAGCUGCUGAUGCUCCAUCACGAGGGCAACCUUUCUAUUCUCAGAGAGCUGAUUCUCCAUCAUGGAAGAAAGAAGCAACUGAAGAUCCUCGUUCAACUGCACCAGUCAAAAAGAGACACUCCGAUGUGGAAGACACCACCAAACAAUCUAGGGAUAAUGGUUUUAAGCCAAGGCAAAUUGUGGGUCAAGAUGCUCAAGGCACCUACAAAGAAACAAAGCCCAGUGAUCCUGUGUCAUAUAGAGAACAACAAUCUUCAGAUACUUGGCAAGCUGCGCCCACUCUAAGAGAGAAAAUAACAACUGAAGGUGGUCCCAGUGUGACCCCACCAUCUAAAAGAAGGUCUCCAAGUGAUGAAGACACUAUCAAGCAACCUAGGGGCACUGCUCCAGCACCUAGGCGGACAACUUCUCAUGAUGCUGAUGUGACAUUUCAAGAUUCAAAGCCUGCUGAUUCCAUGUCAUCUAGGGAGCAGCCUUUGAGAUCAAGACAAGAGGUUGAAGAUUCUCGUAGCAAAACUUCAGCAUUUGACAAGACUCGUGCUUAUGUUGAAGAUAGCACUAGGCAAGCUGCAGACACUGAUUUUGGGCCAAGGCAGAAUGGAGAUGAAGACACUGAAGACAUCACUGAAGAAAAAAAGGUUGCUGAUUCUGCACCAUCUGUCAGAGCAAGACACACUUACACCCCACGAACUGCACGUCCUCUGUCACAGCUAGCAGAAGAGGAAGAAGAUGCCCAGGAUAAAUACAGAGAAGGUAGAGAAACUGCACGUCCUCUGUCACAGCAAGCACAAGAGGAAGAAGAUGCCCACGAUAAAGACAGAGAAGGUAGAGAAACUGUUUCUGCACCAAAGAAAAUGGUGUCCAGAGAUGCUCAUGACACAUAUGGAGAAAGAAGGACUCCCCAUUCUACAUCCACCUCACCCACACCAUCCAAAGCACAACCUGCAGAUUCUCGGAGCCCUAUCAAGGUGGAGAGACCACGUUCUGUUUAUGAGGAGGACCAUCUCGUUGGCCAAGAUAGCCAUAAGCAACCUCAAACCCUCCCAACUGGUGGGAGAGCAGAUGGCUCUACACCAAAGCAUCAACAAGAUCCUGUGGUUCCAUCUAUUUCUGAAGAGAAAUCAAGUACUCCUCCAGCUCCACCAAGAGCAAGAGUUCGUGAUGUUCAUCCUGCUGAAGAGCCAUUUAAAGGAGACAUUGUUGAUGACCGAAAAGGAGCACCACCUCUAUUGGGCCAAGAACCAACUUCCCAAGUCCAACGUGCCACAGAACUGUCACAGAAAGCAGCUCCUGAUGGUGAACUGUCCACCAUUGAUCAAUGGCGGCGCACAUCUGUGCCAUUACAAGGUGGUGAUGUGCUGGGUGGGUCUACCAUUGAUCAAAAGCCAACACCAAUGAGUGAGCAAUCAAUACCCAGUGCUCGGCGUGCCAAUGAGAUGGUCAAAAAAGAGCAAAGAAUGGUACCGCCUGCACGAACAGGAGCACAAACACCCGAUGUUCAGCGUGCUCCAUCAUCAUUCUCAAGAGCUGACACGUCUGAAAGAGAUGGAGAGCCGGUACAAAUGCAAGCACCUACUCAGCAUGCUCGUCCUACUUCAGUGCCUACCAGAAGAGCAAUUCCUGAUGCUCGUGACACUAGUGAUCAAGAGUUUGCAAACAAAUCUGAUGCCCAAAGAUGGAAUGCCUUGAAAGCUAAGCAUGAUUUAGCCAUGACCAGUGAAGAUGAUCGGAAUGCUAGUCCAUCAACUCAUGCUGCUGCUGUUGACAACAAGACAGCAUUGCCUGCUAGUGAAGCACAAAGUUCAGGCACUUGGCCCGGUUCAACAGGUACACCCGUAAAUGCUCAACCUACCAGUGACGAUGCACGUGUCGGAAGAUUUCCACGUGAUCAAGGGGCACAACCACCUGAAUCAACUCAAGCACAACCCCCUUUUGAUGCUCCACAUGACUCUGUAUCAACCCAAGAUGUACCUCGUGACACCUUGGGCAAAACCAAAUCUGCCAAACCAAGUUCAACUGAAGGCAUGACACCUACAGCUGGACCAGCGCCAACUUUGAAGGCCCGACUUGCUGAACAGAAAUCUGCUCCAUCAGAUCAACAAUUAGCUCGUGCUGCACAACCAACUUCAACUGAAGGCAUGCCACCUACAGCUGGACCACAGCCAACUUUCAAGGCCCAACUUGCUGAACAGAAAUUUGCCCCAUCAGAUAAAAAAGUAGCUCGUGCUGCGCCUGAAUCAAGUAAAGAAGGUACUGGUUUUUCUGCACCCGAGAAACCACAGACAAUUUUUCGUCAAGAAGCAAGACCAUCUGCGCCAAUCACAAAACAAGUUCCAUCCUCAGAUGCCCACCAUGAUACCAGGAAAAUCAAGCAUGUCACCCUUGAUAAUUUCCCCCCUGAUGUUUCACCAAUACCACCUUUUCCAAGUCGUGAGCAAGUUCCUCAUGCACCACAAACAUUCCCUAAUAAAAAAGACAUGGCACCUGCACCAGCCACAAAGGACUCUCUAGCCCCAGAUACCCAAAUUGCUUCAGAAAAUGUUCAGGAAGCCAUUCCUGACAAUUAUCGCACUGAUGAGUUAACAGUGCCACUUGUCUCGAGUGGAAAACAAGGUUCCUAUGCUGGACCCUUUACUGAACCACAGGAAGGACCAUCUCCUGAUGCUCAUGGUGCUGCAGAUGACAAGGACAUAACUAAAUAUCCAUCUGAGAGUUAUGUUCGUCCCACCAGUGGUAGCGAUGUAUUUCCUGCUGUGAAGAAAUCUGCCCCAUCAGAUCAAGAUUCAAUUCAGUCUGCACAACAAUCUUCCUCAGCUGAGACUAGGAAAGAAGAGACUAUCGUUUCUGCAGCUGGACCGACACUGCCCACAACCAUCGGUAAAGACACACAAGGUUCUCGGCGCCCUAUCAAGGCGGAGAGAACACCUUCUGCUUAUCAGGAGGACCAUUUUGUUGCCCAAGACAGCCAUGAGCAACCUCAAACCCUCCCAACUGGUGGCAGAGCAGAUGAUUCUACACCAAAGCGUCAACAAGAUCCUAAAGAUAAAUCAAGUACUCCUCCAGCUCCACCCAGAGCAAGAGUUCGUGAGCCUUUUAGAGACACUGUCGAUGACCAAAAAGGAGCACCACUAUUGGGCCAAGAACCAACUUCCCAAGUCCAACGUGCCACUGAGCUUUCACAGGAGGAAGCAGCUCCUGAUGGAGAUAUGUCCAGCAAACCUUCCACCAUUGAUCAAUGGCGGCGCACAUCUGUCCCGUUACAAGGUAUAACUCCCAAUUCUGGUGAUGAUGUGCUGGGUGGGUCUACCAUUGAUCAAAAGCCAACACCAAUGAGUCAACAAUCAAUACCCAGUGCUCGGGGUGCCAGUGAGAUGGUAGAAAAAGAUCAAAGAAUGGCACCACCUCCACGACCAGGAGCACGAGCACCCGAUGUUCUGAGCGCUCCGUCAUCAUUCUCAGCAACUGACACAGCUGAGAGAGAUGGAGAACCAGUACAAAUGCAAGCACCAACUCUGCAUGAUCAAGGGGCACAACCACGUGACUCAGUAUCAACCCAAGAUGUACCUAGUGACUCCUUGGACAAAACCAAUGUUGCCAAAUCAACUUCAACUGAAGGCAAGGCAGCAGCUCCAACUUUUAAGGCCCAGCUUGCUGAAGAGAAAUUUGCUCCAUCAGAUAAAAAAUUAGCUCGUGCUGCACGACCAACUUCAACUGAAGGCAUGACACCUACAGCUGGACCAGCGCCAACUUCGAAGGCCCAACUUCCUGAGCAGAAAUUUGCUCCAUCAGAUAAAAAACCUGAGAAACCACAGACAAUUUUUCGUCAAGAAGCGAGACCAUCUGCGCCAAUCACAAAACAAGUUCCAUCCUCAGAUGCCCAUCUUGAUACUAGGAAAAUCCAGCAAGUCACCCUUGAUAAUGUUCCCACUGAUGAUUCAUCAAUACCACCUUUUCCAAGUCAUGACCAAGUUUCCCAUGCACCACAAGCAUUCCCUAGUAAAAAUGACAGGGCACCUGCACCAGGCACAAAGGACUCUCCAGCCUCAGAUACCCAAAUUGCUUCAGCAAAAGUCCAGGAAACUAUGCCUGACAAUUAUCGCACUGAUGAGUUAACAGUGCCAUCUGUCUCAAGUGAAAAGCAAGGUUCCUAUGCUGGAUCUUCUACCGAACCACAUGAAGGAUCAUCUCCUGAUGCUUAUGGUGCCACAGAUGGCAAGGACAUAACUAAAUAUCCAUCUAGGCAAGCACCAGUUUUAGAAUAUAGGCCUGAUUCAACACCAGCUGAUAGUUAUGUUCGUCCCAUCAGUGGUAGCGAAGUAUUUCCUGCAGUAAAGAAAUCUGCCCCAUCAGAUCAAGAUUCAAUUCAGUCUGCCCAACAACCUUCUCCAGCUGAGACUAGGAAAGAAGAGACUAUCUUUGCUGCAGCUGGACCGACAUUUCCAACAACCGUCAGUAAAGACACACAAGUUUCUCGGCGCCCUAUCAAGGCGGAGAGAUCACCUUCUGCUUAUCAGGAGGACCAUCUUGUUGCCCAAGACAGCCAUGAGCAACCUCAAACCCUCCCAACUGGUGGCAGAGCAGAUGAUUCUACACCAAAGCGUCAACAAGAUCCUAAAGAUAAAUCAAGUACUCCUCCAGCUCCACCCAGAGCAAGAGUUCGUGAUGAACAUCCUACUGAAGAACCUUUUAAUGGAGACACUGUUGAUGAGCAAAAAGGAGCAUCACCUCUAUUGGGCCAAGAACCAACUUCCCAAGUCCAACGUGCCACUGAACUAUCACAGGAAGCAGCUCCCGAUGGAGAUAUGUCCAGCAAACCUUCCACCAUUGGUCAAUGGCAGCGCACGUCUGUGCCUUUACAAGGUAUAACUCCUAAUUCUGGUGAUGAUGUGCUGGGUGGGUCUACCAUUGAUCAAAAGCCAACACCAAUAAGUCAACAAUCAAUACCCAGUACUCGGGGUGCCAGUGAGAUGGUAGAAAAAGAUCAAAGAAUGGCACCACCUGCACGACCAGGAGCACGAACACCCGAUGUUCUGAGCGCUCCGUCAUCAUUCUCAGCAACUGACACAGCUGAGAGAGAUGGAGAACCAGUACAAAUGCAAGCACCAACUCUGCAUGAUCAAGGGGCACAACCACCUGAAUCAACUCAAGCACAAUCACCUUUUGAUGCUCCACGUGACUCGGUAUCAACCCAAGAUGUACCUAGUGAUGCCUUGGACAAAACCAAUGUUGCAAAACCAACUUCAACUGAAGGCAAGGCACCAGCGCCAACUUCGAAGGCCCAGCUUGCUGAAGAGAAAUUUGCUCCAUCAGAUAAAAAAUUAGCUCGUGCCACACGACCAACUUCAACUGAAAGCAUGACACCUGCAGCUGGACCAGCGCCAACUUCGAAGGCUCAACUUUCUGAACAGAAUUUUGCUCCAUCAGAUAAAAAACCUGAGAAACCACAGACAAUUUUUCGUCAAGAAGCGAGACCAUCUGCGCCAAUCACAAAACAAGUUCCAUCCUCAGAUGCCCAUCAUGAUACUAGGAAAAUCCAGCAAUUCACCCUUGAUAAUGUUCCCACUGAUGAUUCAUCAAUACCACCUUUUCCAAGUCAUGACCAAGUUUCCCAUGCACCACAAGCAUUCCCUAGUAAAAAAGACAGGGCACCUGCACCAGGCACAACGGACUCCCCUGCCUCAAAUACCCUAAUUGCUUCAGCAAAAGUCCAGGAAACUAUGCCUGACAAUUAUCGCACUGAUGAGUCAACAGUGCCAUCUGUCUCAAGUGAAAAACAAGGUUCCUAUGCUGGAUCCUCUACUGAACCACAUGUAGGAUCAUCUCCUGAUGCUUAUGGUGCUGCAGAUGACAAGGACAUGACUAAAUAUCCAUCUAGGCAAGCACCAGUUUUACAAUAUAGGCCUGAUUCAACACCAGCUGAUAGUUAUGUUCGUCCCAUCAGUGGUAGCGAAGUAUUUCCUGCUGUAAAGAAAUCUGCCCCAUCAGAUCAAAAUUCAAUUCAGUCUGCAAAACAACCUUCCCCAGCUGAGACCAAGAAAGAAGAGACUAUCGUUGCUGCAGCUGAACCGACAUUGCCAACAAUUGUCGGUAAAGACACAGAAGGCAUGAGAGGCACUCCAACCUUGGAUUACGAGCCCACGGGAGAUAAACGUGCUGAUAUUCAGAGUGGUAGAUCUGAUGAAGUAGCCCUUCCAGAACAGAAAUCCAGACCCUCAGAUCGGGAUUCAGCUCGUUCUACGCAAUCAAGAUCCUCUGCUGAGCCUAUGGAUAAAGAGCUUAAUUAUCCAAGUUCUGCGAAACCACUUUCCUCUGCGACACCUGACCAGACAAAGGACUCACAACCUACUAUUGGUCAACAAGCGCCUGCACCAGGAACAUCUGAAUAUCCAUCCUCAGGCGAAGGACAAGUUUACCGCACCAAACCUGAUUUUGAGCUAUCUGAAGGCCCACUCCCUUAUUCACGUAGUGUCAUAGGUGAAAAGACUAUGAGACCUCCAUCUAGCCAAGCACAAAGUUCAGACUCAAAACCUGAUCCCACCCAAAACCGUGGCGAUGACCCUUCCACAAGAUCUUUACCCAAUCAAGUAGCAAAACAACAUGCAGAAACCCAACCACCACCGACUCUCGUGGUUCCAUAUGACUCCGAAUCCACCCAAGAUGUAACUUCUGACACCUUAGGCAAAGCCAAGUCACUAAAACCAUCCUCUAUUGAUCAGCAAGCUACAGGCUCAGCAUCAACUCCUGACACUCAUCUUGGUGGUGCAUCAGGGGAAUUAGCUCGCCCAGGACAGGAAUUACCCUUGAAAGAUCAAGAUUCAGCUAACUCUACACAGAAGUCUCCCUCCAGUGAGCCACAAAAAGAACAGUCCACUGUUGCUGCACCUAAUCAAUCCAAGGCGUCACAAGCAACUAGUGAAGUACUAACCCCCGCUGAUCAAAGCAUAGCUCCAUCAGAACCACUUUCUGUUGUUGAAAGAAAUGAAGAAUUUACUGUUGCUGAAGCUGAAGAAAGCAAAGUGUCUCGACCAGUCAUCGCUCAGCAAGACAUUAAGCAUGUACCAGACAUUUCAGAACCAGUACUUGAUAAUGUUUCGACGGAAGAACAAUAUCAACGUGCUUCUGAGCCACGUGAAGGACCACCUCCUGAUGUGCAUGGCACCUUCGUUGACAGAAAGACAGCUCCCUCUUCUAGUCAAGCACAACGUCCAGAUGCAAAACGUGAUGUGCUACCAUUGAGUGCCGAUGUUGACAAAAAAACAGUCCAACCUUCUAGUCAAGCACAAAUUCUACCAUCGAGUGUUGAUGUUGGUCCUAGCAGUGAUGAACAAUCAACUACAAGACUUCGACGUGAUCAAGAGGCACAGGCGCAGCUACCUGCAGCAACUAAGCAACCACAACCUUUUGAGGCUCCAGUCUACCCUAAAUCUAACCAAGAUGCCCCUAAGUCCUUCAAACUACCCUCUGGUGAUCAAGAUGUCAUGUCACCUAAAGUGGUGCCAGCAUCAGCAUCAGACACUCAAUUUGGUAAAGUAUCCGAUGAAAUAACUGAUGAUGGGCAAAACUCCCCUUUGUCAGCUCAAGAUAUAGCUCGUUCUGCACAAAGGCCUUUCUUUGUUGAGCCAACAAAAGAAGAUGAUAUUGUUGCUGCAUCCGGUCAAACUAACGAGGCACGGCCUAUAAGUGGUCAACGAGGAAUAACUCCUACUCCAGACAAACAAAGAAUUCCUGAUCUGCGUGGUGCUGUUGAUGAAAAGAUGUCACUUCCAUCUAGCCAAGCACAAAACUCAGACAUUAGGCCUGAUUCAGCACCAAUUGGUGGCGAUGUUCAUCGUACUAGUGGCGAUGAACCAGCCACAAGCUCUGUACGUGAUUCACAGGCCCGGCCUCCUGCAGGAACUCAGAAUGUACCUGCUGGUUUCUUGGAAAAGACCAAGUCACCAAGACCACCCUCCACUGAUCAAGAACCUAUGGCUAGUCCAGCACCAGCUCCAGAUGCUCCGCAAGAUCAAGAUUCAAAUCGUUCUUCACCGGUUUCUCCCUCUGUUGUAUCAAGGAAAGAUGUUGCUAAUGCUGAUCAAACCAAUGUAUCACAAGCAGGCCUGCGAGAACCCCCGAGUUCAGAUGCUAAACUUCCUUCAGAGGAAAUACAAGAAUCUAGCCCGGAUGCUUAUCUCACCAAGUCAGAGAAACCACUUCCUAUGAAAGAUCCAGUUCGGCCUCCACAUGAAGCUUCCUUUGAUUUAUUGAGCGGUGAAAAGCCCACUAUGAUCAAAGGUGAUCAGGCCAGCACAAUAUCAGAUGUCAGUCCCUCAGCCAGCGAAGAAGUUGGUCAAUCUGAAAAUAGUGCAGUUAAAGGACCACUCCCUGCGGAGUUAGUAUCAUCAUUUCCUCAGAAGAACCUCGAAAAAACAUCACCUGAAGAAAAAUGGAACCAGCAGCAGCAAACAGACCAGUCCACCACUAGAUCAUCUGAAGAUAACAACAUCGAAGCCAGUGGAACUAGAAACCCUAACACCUCAACAACGUCUAGAGAUAUACAACCUUCACCACUCAAGGAAAGAAUGCAGGCAGUUGAAGGAUCCAGAAACCAACAACAGUCUGACCAAGCUGUCUUUCAAUCAAUACAGGAUAACAGAGCACAAAUUCAAGAAACUAAGGCACGAGACACUGGAUUUGACAAGCCUGAAGUGAUUAGGCCCGAUUCAGCACCAACCAGUGGUGAUGCUCAUCGUACAAGCGGUGAUGGGCCAACUACAAGUUCUUUACGUGAUUCACAGGCACAGUCUUCUGCAGGAACUGAGAAUGUACCUGCUGUUUACUCGAAAAAGGAGUCACCAAGACCACUCUCCAUUGAUCAAGAAGUCAUGACACCUAUGAAUAAGCCAACACCAGCUCCAGAUUCUCUGCAAGAUCAAUAUUCAAAUCAUGCUUCACAGUUUACUCCCUCUGCUAUAUCAAGGAAAAAUGUUGCUAAUGCUGAUAAAACCAAUAUAUCAGAAGCAGGCCUGCAAGGCCCCGCGAGUUCAGAUGCUACACUUUCUUCAGAGCAAAUACAAGAAUCUAGGCCUGAUGAUUAUCUCACCAAGUCAGAGAAAGAACCUCCCAUGAAAGGUACAGAUCCAGUUCAGCCUCCAGAAGUAGCUGCCUUUGAUUUGCCGAGCGAUGGGAAACCUACUAUGAUCAAAGGUGACCAGGUGAAUACAAUAUCAAGUGUCAGUCUCUCAGCCAGCCAGCCAGUUGGUCAGUCUGAAAGUGCAGUUGAAAGACCACUCUCAGAUGAGUUAGUAUCACCAUUUCCUGAAAAACACCUUGAAAAAAGAUCACCUGAAGAAAAAUCGAACCAGCAGCAGCAAACUGACCAGUCCAGCACUAGAUUAACUAAAGAUGAUAGCAUAGAAUCCAGUGGAAUCGCAAGCCCAAAUAUCUUGACAACAUCCGGAGAUAUACAACCUUCUCCACUCAAGCAAAACAAUCAGGCAGCUGAAAGAUCCAGAAAACAACAACAGGCUGACCCUGUCUUUCAAUCAACACAGGACAACAAAAGGCAAACUGAAGAAACUGAGGCACAAGACACUGGAUCUGACCAGCAUGAAGAAAUUAAUCCUGAUUCAGCACCAACCAGUGGUGAUGCUAAUCGUACAAGUGGUGAUGGGCCAGCCACAAGUUCUUUACGUAAUUCUCCUGCAGAAACUCAGAACGCACGUGUUGUUUUCUCGAAAAAGAUCAAGUCACCAAGACCACCCUCCACUAAUCAAGAACUUGUGGCACCUCUGACUAGUCCAGCACCAACUCCAGAUACUCCGCAAGAUAAAGAUUCAACUCGGUCUCCUCAGUUGCCUCCUCCUGUUGAAUCAAGGAGAGAUAUUGCUAACACCGAUCAAACCGAUGUAUCACCAGCAGGCUUGAGAGAGACCGCAAGUUCAGAUGCUAUGCCUCCUUCAGAAAAAAUACAAGAAUCUAGCCCUGAUGCUUAUCUCUCUAAGUCAGAGAAACCAAUUCUUCCUUUGACAGGUACAGAUACAGUUCAGCCUCCAGAUGAAGGUUCUUUUGAUUUGUCAAGCGAUGGGAAGCCCACUAUGAUCAAAGGUGACCAGGUCAACACAAAAUCAAAUGUUAGUCUGUCACCCAGCCAAGCAGAUGGUCAAUCUGAAAAUAGUGCAGUUAAAGGACCACCCUCCGAUGAUUCGGUAUCACCAUUCCUUCAAAAGAACCUCGAAAGGACAUCACCUGAAGAAAAACCGAAGCAGCAGCGCCAAUCCAGUAGUAGAUCAUCUAAAGAUGACAGCAUAGAAGCCAGUGAAACCGCAAGCCCGAACAUCUUAACAACAUCUGGAGAUAUACAACCAUCACCUCUCAACCAACCGUCACCUAUGAAGGAAAACAUUCAGGCAGCUGAGGGAUUCAGAAACCAACAACAGGCUGACCAAGAUGUUUUUCAACCAAGACAGGACAGCAGAAAGCAAAUUGAAGAAACUGAGGGACAAGACACUUCAACUAACUAUCCUGAAGACACGAAUAGAGCAUCUCAAAGGGCUGCUUUGGAACAACAACAGGGAGAAAAUGUCCGGAGGGCUCAGCGGCAGAGCAAUGACACAAACAAUAGCUAUGAACCAACUAAAGAUGCUCCAAGUAUCAUCCAGGCAGACAAUAAACCUGAGAGCAGCUCGAGAACUCCUGAAGAACCCAGGCAACAAGCACAGACGGAAGGCAAAUCUCAAGGUGGCGAAACCAAGGCACCAGCCUCUGAAACCGGGCAGCCUGAAGAAAGCGAUCUCUCACCAAGCAAUAAGGGCAUCACUAGUCCAUCCCAGUCAGAAACCUCCGGCAAACUGGAAGACCAAACCUCCUCUGCUACCCGGAACAGAGGCACAAACUCCAGCAAAUCGGAUGGGUCAACCGGUGGCACGAAGUCCGCCGGCACGGACGAUAAUGAUCCAUUGUCAUGAAUCACAGCGGCAUGGCUCCUCAACCGACACAUGAUGCUGGAGUGCGCCCCUGAAUAAAUAUCAAGGAGAAGUCUGUUUGGGAACUCACUCACCUCUCUGUCUUGUUUUUUCCUGGCUCUGUUUUGUUCAGAUAAUAAGGCCCGUCCUCUUGUCAUCCUCGAAUGGGGCCAUUGCCAUGUACUCCCUCUGUAAACUAAUAUAAGAGCGUUUAGAUCACUAAAAUAGUAAUCUAAAUGCUCUUAUAUUAGUUUACGGAGGGAGUAUUUCUUUUCUGCUCUUUUUGUUGAAAACUGUCGGCUUGUUUGCUCGUGAAAGUGGCUGUAUUCUGUCUGAUUUUUUGUAAUUCUAGAACUGCUACCGGCAGCGUUGUUAUUUGCAACCAGUUUCUUCCAUUGUGAUCAA